AUUUGACUUCCUUCAUCUACGUAGUAUACAAACCGUGUACUCAGUACCUUGCGGGAGAAACACUCUUGUUACUUUUGCAGCCUACAUGCCAUGAACUCUUUCUCCAGUUUAUAAAUUCUGUUGUCGAAACUUUAUCUAUCUAUAGUUGAGAAUCGGUGAAUUUGAAUUGUGGAAAUACCAAGAAAAGAUCAACAUGUCACUUCCGGCCCACGAGGGCAGCAGCAGCAGCAGCAGCAGCAAUCCCCAUCCCCAUCCGCAUGCGCAUAACCACCACCACCACCACCAGCAGCAAAACCAACUAUCCUCAUCGCAUUCCGUCAUCUCAUCCACGUCUACUUCCACCUCCACCUCCACCUCCACCACCUCCGAUUCCCCCCACCACGCCACUCACUCGCAAUCCCAAACCCAACCUCACACCAACACCAACGAAAAUGCCUACCCCGACGACCCCAACGCCCUCGAGAAACAAUCCACCGUCGCCUCGGGCUUCUCCGCCGCCCUGGAGACCCGCACGCACUCGCUCGUCUCGCGCAUCCGCAGCCGCGAGCCCGGCCAAACCGCCCGCUUCACCCACCCGCUCUCCCACACCAAGACCACCGAGGACGCCAUCGUCGACUUCGACGGGCCCGACGACCCCUACCGGCCCAUGAACUGGAGUUUCCGGAAGAAGGCCAUCACGACGGUGCUGUAUGGGUUGACGACGAUGGGUGCUACGUGGGCGAGUUCGAUUUACUCCACCGGGACAACGCAGGUCGACUCGGAGUUCCAUGUGGGCGAGGAAGUCGGGACGCUGGGGACGACGUUGUUGCUGUUUGGAUUCGGCCUCGGCCCUCUGAUCUGGGCGCCCAUCUCCGAAGUCUACGGCCGCAAGCCCGCCGUGCUGGCGCCCUACUUCAUCGCGGCGAUCUUCUCCUUCGGCACCGCGACGGCCAAGGACCUGCAGACGGUGAUGCUGACGCGCUUCUUCACGGGCUUCUUCGGGUCGGCCCCGGUGACCAACACGGGCGGGGUGCUCAGCGACAUCUGGACGGCGGAGCAGCGCGGGGCGGCGAUCGUGGGCUACGCGAUGGCGGUGGUCGGCGGGCCGGUGCUGGGGCCGAUCGUGGGCGGGGCGAUCACGCAGAGCUACCUGGGCUGGCGGUGGACGCAGUACAUCACGGGCAUCAUGAUGAUGUUCUUCCUGUGUCUGGACCUGUUAUUUCUGGAUGAAUCCUACCCGCCGGUCCUCCUGGUGUACAAGGCGCAGCGCCUGCGCUUCAGCACGGGCAACUGGGCGCUGCACGCGCGCCACGAGGAGUGGGACGUGACGCUGCGCGAGCUCGGCAACAAGUACAUGAUCCGGCCCUUCGCGCUGCUGACCACGCCCAUCUGCUUCCUGGUGGCGCUGUACGCCUCCUUCGUCUACGGCAUCCUGUACCUGAGCCUGGCCGCCUUCCCCAUCGAGUUCCAGCGCAUCCGCGGCUGGAACCCCGUCGUCGGCGCCCUGCCCUUCCUGGCCUACCUGAUCGGCAUCCUCUGCGGCGCCGCCAUCAACCUCCUCAACCAGCGCUUCUACGUCCGCCGCUUCAAGGCCAACGGCAACCGGCCCGUCCCCGAGGCCCGGCUGCCGCCCAUGAUGCUCGGCUCGGUGUUCUUUGCCGCCGGCUUAUUCCUGUUCGGCUGGACCGGCACCCUCCGGUACCACUGGAUCUGCCCCUGCAUCGGCGCCGUGCUCAUGGGCUUCGGCUUCUUCACCAUCUUCCAGGCCGCCCUCAACUACCUCAUCGACACCUUCCAGGCCGUCUCCGCCAGCGCCGUCGCCGCCAACACCUUCAUGCGCAGCCUCUUCGCCGGCUGCUUCCCCCUGUUCGCCAACAUCAUGUUCACCAAGAUGGGCGUCCCCUGGGCCGCCAGCGUGCUGGGCUUCGUCGCCGUCGCCCUCAUCCCCAUCCCCUAUCUGUUCUAUAUCUACGGGAAGCGCAUUCGCGCCCGCGGGAAGUGGUCGCGCGCUUCGGUCUAUGAUUGAUUCGCCCUCUCCUUCCUUUUCUAGGUACCCUCACCUGGGAGGGUGUGUUUUGGGAUGGGCCGGGGCGGGGUGGGCUGUUCGGCAAUAGGCUUCUGUCCGGAAAAAGUGAUUUGUGAUUUGUGAUUUGUGAUACCUCUGCCGAACCCCGGUUGGAGUCCUUUGGUUCGUGGUUUGGGGUUUCUUGCGUGACGUGGAUAUAUGCAUACGACAUGAUCGGGAUUUUUAGAUACCCCACUUUUUCUUUUUCAUAUACGGUAAUG